AUGGCCAGCAUUAUAAUCAUUCUAUUAUUAUUGCUUCCUUGUUUUUCUUCUAGUACUGCAGCAACCAAACAUGGCACUAGAGAAGUAGAAGCGCUUCUCAAAUGGAAGCACAGCCUUCACAAUUCAACUUCACAUUCUCUUCUUCCUUCAUGGAAGCUGUACUCUAACUCUUCAAGGAAAGACAAUAACGGCAGCCCCUACAAAUGGAUUGGAAUCACUUGUAAUGGAGUACGAAACGUUGUUCGUAUAAGCCUUCCACGUAGUAGUCUUCGAGGCAUGUUGAGGUCUCUUAAGGUGUUCAGAGCUUAUAACAACAGUCUUUCAGGUCCAGUCCCUGCAUCCAUUGGAAACCUAAGCAUCUUAACCAUUCUAGACCUUGGUCUGAACAAAAUUUCCGGAUCAAUACCGGAAAAAGUUGGACAUAUUUUAUCAUUGAAUAAAUUACACUUUUAUGGGAAUCAUCUCACCUGCUCAAUUCUUGCAUCCAUUGGGAACAUUAAAGCCUUAAAGGAGUUGGACCUAUUUAACAACCAGCUUUCUGGACUUGUUCCCACCACGAUUGGAAACUUGACUAAUCUCAAUGUCUUGGACGUAGCAGUUAAUCAACUAUCUGGCCCUAUACCUCCAGGAAUUGGAAAACUCAGAUUCCUCAGUUAA